UCGGAAUUUUCCAUUCAGCUAUUCAAAGGCCACGUUCGGACGGAAGGAGAAUAGUGAGUUUCGGCAUCUAAUCUCUACAUUGCUACAAUUAGAUUUGGGUUGUAAGGAUCACCGUGCAACUUCUGAAAUCGUCUCACCUCUAUCUUGAGAAAAGAUCUAAAGUAUUUCUCGUCGCUUAUCUGCUUUCCUCAGCUUUCUGAUAUUACACAAUGUCUCAACAACAGAUCAGCCUUCCAGCCAAGCUAAUCAAUGGUGGCAUUGCUGGCAUUGUUGGGGUUACUUGUGUAUUCCCCAUUGACCUGGCCAAGACCCGUCUUCAGAAUCAGAGAAAAGGUCAACAGGUCUACAAGAACCUGCUGGAUUGUCUUGUCAAAACAGUACAAUCAGAGGGGUAUUUUGGCAUGUACAGAGACGUGGCUCCCCGCUGGGAUAGUGAAGGCUAGCCGAUUAAGGCGCAGCCACGCUGGAGGUGCUGCAGUCAAUCUUACACUCGUGACACCUGAAAAGGCCAUCAAGCUGGCAGCCAACGACUACUUCCGACAUCACCUCUCUAAAGAUGGGAAGGGGUUGACUGUAUUUAAAGAAAUGGUGGCAGGAUGUGCUGCAGGCAUGUGCCAGGUCAUCAUUACUACUCCCAUGGAGAUGCUAAAAAUUCAGCUACAGGAUGCUGGAAGAUUAGCUGCCCAGCAGAGAAUCCCUGGUAUCCGGGCCUCAGGUAAACUGGCUCCAACUGCCGCAGUGCUAAGCCGGUCCUAUAACACCGGGCCAAGCUCACCUGCAAGAGCCAUCUCUGCAACGCAGAUUGCCAGAGAGUUGUUGCAUGCUCAGGGCAUCCAGGGUCUCUACAAGGGCCUAGGUGCUACAAUCAUGAGAGAUGUGCCCUUCUCCAUUGUCUACUUCCCUCUUUUUGCUAACCUGAACCGAUUGGGUAAGCACUCAGAAGACGACAUGGUGCCGUUUUAUUGGUCCUUCAUUUCUGGCUGUGUUGCUGGCUCUACCGCUGCUGUUGCGGUUAACCCAUGUGAUGUGGUGAAAACCCGGCUGCAAUCCCUUAGCAAAGGCAGCAAUGAGGAGACUUACACUGGUGUUCUCGACUGUGUGAGUAAGAUAAUGAAGCGGGAAGGGCCAUCUGCUUUCCUCAAAGGGGCAGGCUGCAGGGCUCUUGUCAUUGCACCUCUUUUUGGCAUCGCCCAAGUCAUGUACUUUAUUGGUGUUGGAGAAUUCAUUUUAGGCCAGAGCCCCUUUAAACUCUACAAUCCUUGAGAAGUCCUCAGGACUGCCUCCAGUCUACUUGAUUUUAAACUGAAAACAUUUAGGAGAUAAACACCAAAUAUACUUAAGUAUACAAAUUGUAGAGAGCUUGAUGGCUGACAUCAACUUCCUGUUCCAUCUUCUGGCCUUACUACACUUCCUGUCUGGUUAACUGCCUUAUUUGAUAGGCUAUGGCUAAGAUUUUUGCACUUGUUGGUAAGGGCUUUUUUUACCAGAGAUUGGUGCUCUACAUCCUUCCAGGAGGAUCCAUAAACAUAUUCCCCUCAAUGAGGAAGAAUGGCGUCAUAUGGACACUAUUUAACAUGAUUGCAAACAUUUAUAUAUGUAUUAUUUUUCUGUAAUGUGUUUUGUAUCUGUUUUGAUGUUAGAUGUUUGACCCCAUAUGCAUUACUUCGUAAGUAAUUAAUGUAAUGAGGGCUUACAGUCAUGACCCCCCCCCCCCCAAAUGAACUGUGAUUUAUUUUACAUGGUAGCUAAGGUUUGAAAUAUUUUUCAUUCCAACCAAUUUUCUGAAGCAACGCAGCACCAAUGGUUGCACCGUGGAUACUGAGCAGACUAAAAAAUUUGUUUUUAAUGCAUGUCAUGAAAAAUGUCUGUUACACACUUGAAACAUUAUUCUUCUGGAUUUUAUGGACCAGCAAUUAUUUUGCUCUUAAUCAGCUGAAAGUACCAUAUGCUUCACUACAGUGAACAGGUUCGGGUACAAGGGUUAGGGAAAAAAAAAAAUCAUAUUCAUCAUGUGUACAGAAACAACUUAAAACCGUUUUUCUUUUUUAACAAUAGGGUACCCCAUUCUCUUGUAUCUAUUUUUGGUGAGUCUUUAAAAAUAAACUUAAGGUGCCUUUCCUAUUUUUAAAGCUG